CUCCCUCCCCGAAAUCCCCCACCCAAUCUCCCUCGAGCUCGAGAGAGGCGAGGCGAGGCGAGCGUCCCCCAAAUCCCCCGUCGAUUUAGCUGAUACGCCCUCGAGCUAGCCCCGAAUUCGCGCGCGCGCGGCGGCCUGCAUUAUUCAUCUCCAUUUUGUUGUUCCCAUCUCUUUUUUGUAUUUUUUUUUUGGGUUGGGUUGGGUUGGGUUGGGUUUGUGUGUGUGUGUGUUUUUUUUUUGGAUUUUCCUAUUAAGUAUCACCGAGAGAUUAGCAUGUCUCUGCCCAAUGCCACCGCCUCGCCGUCGCCGGAACCCUAGGCCGCCGCCGCCGGAGUCGGAGCACCCGUCGUCGUCGGCGGGGGAGGAUGCAGCUGCGGAUCUCGCCGAGCAUGCGCAGCAUCACCAUCUCGAGCAGCAAUGGCGUCGUGGACUCGAUGAAGGUGCGGGUGGCGCCGCAGCCGCCCCCGCCGCCGCCGCCGCUCGCGCUGCGGGAGGGGCCGGGCCGGCGCGGCGGGGGAGGAGGAGGAGGGGGAGGUGGGUGGUGGGGGGCGGGGUGGUACUGGCGGGCCGUGGCGUUCCCGGCCGUCGUGGCGCUCGGCUGCCUCCUGCCCUUCGCCUUCAUCCUCGCCGCGGUGCCGGCGCUCGAGGCCGACGGCAGCAAGUGCUCCUCCAUCGAUUGCUUGGGGAGGCGAAUAGGGCCUAGUUUCCUUGGUAGGCAAGGGGGUGAUUCUACGAGGCUGGUGCAAGAUCUGUAUAGGAUUUUUGAUCAGGUUAACAAUGAAGAAUCUCCUUCUGAUAAAAGAAUUCCAGAAUCAUUCAGAGACUUUCUCCUUGAGAUGAAGGAUAAUCGUUACGAUGCUAGGACAUUUGCUGUUAGGUUGAAGGCUACGAUGGAAAACAUGGAUAAGGAAGUAAAGAAGUCAAGGCUGGCAGAGCAAUUAUACAAACAUUUUGCUGCAACUGCUAUUCCCAAAGGCAUACAUUGCCUGUCUCUGCGUCUUACGGAUGAAUAUUCCUCAAAUGCUCAUGCACGGAAACAGUUGCCACCACCUGAACUGUUACCUUUACUUUCUGAUAAUUCAUUCCAACAUUACAUUCUAGCCAGUGAUAAUAUCCUUGCUGCUUCAGUUGUUGUCAGCUCAACAGUUCGAUCUUCAUCAGCUCCUCAUAAAUUAGUCUUUCAUGUUAUUACUGAUAAGAAAACGUAUCCGGGGAUGCAUUCAUGGUUUGCUCUUAAUUCUAUAUCACCUGCUAUUGUUGAAGUGAAAGGUGUUCACCAGUUUGACUGGUUGACAAGAGAAAAUGUCCCAGUACUAGAGGCUAUAGAAAAUCAUCGUGGAGUCAGAAAUCACUACCAUGGAGAUCAUGGGGCAGUUUCUAGUGCAAGUGACAAUCCAAGAGUGCUUGCUUCAAAGCUGCAGGCUCGAAGUCCCAAAUACAUAUCCCUGCUUAACCAUCUCCGAAUUUAUUUGCCCGAGCUCUUUCCAAACCUCAACAAGGUGGUCUUUCUUGAUGAUGACAUUGUUAUUCAGCGUGAUUUGUCUCCCCUUUGGAAGAUCAAUCUUGAAGGGAAGGUGAAUGGUGCUGUGGAGACUUGCAGAGGAGAAGACAGUUGGGUGAUGUCUAAGCGCUUCAGGACAUAUUUCAACUUCUCUCACCCUGUGAUAGCUCGGAGUCUUGACCCAGAUGAAUGUGCAUGGGCAUAUGGGAUGAAUAUAUUUGACCUGGCAGAAUGGAGGAAGACAAACAUCAGAGAUACAUACCAUUUCUGGUUGAAAGAGAAUCUAAAAUCUGGUCUUACACUCUGGAAAUUUGGCACGUUGCCACCCGCACUAAUAGCAUUCAGGGGCCACGUGCAUGGUAUAGACCCAUCUUGGCACAUGCUUGGUUUAGGAUACCAAGAAAAUACAGACAUUGAGAGUGUUCGGAGAUCUGCAGUGAUCCACUACAAUGGCCAGUGCAAGCCAUGGCUAGAUAUCGCUUUUAAGAACCUACAACCAUUUUGGACGAAACACGUAAAUUACUCCAAUGACUUUAUUAGAAACUGCCAUAUUCUGGAGCCCCAAUAUGAUAAAGAGUGACUUCUGGGUAAUGGGGUAGGCACACUGGAGUAUAUCGUACUGGUUAUGAUUCAUUGUUCACCAGAGAAGCUGAUUGCUGUUGGAUGAUGGGAAGAUUGGUCAAUUGGUUGACGGCCAGAACACACACACAAUCAGCACUGAACAUACCUGACUAUGCUCUGGAUCGACUGGCAUGCAAAUACUUGAGACUUUUCAUCUGUAUCAUACAUGGCUACACGAUUCUUUUCAUCUGUAUCAUAUUGGCGCAUCAUUCUUUUCGACACUAUGACUGCGAAGGAUAGCUUGGUGAAGUCGCCCUCUGGGAUUGGGCUAAUCCUUAGUCGCAGAAUAAUGCAGCGGACGGUAGAAGAUCGAUCGAUUGAUUGAUCAUGGUGAAGAGGAGGAAGCCACUAUGAGGUCGCGAGAGUUUAUAUGUUUCCCCCCCUCAUUUAUUCUUUCUUUUUUCUCCCCUUCUUGAUAUACUUGAGUCCUUGAAAUUUUGUUCUGUUAGUUUUGUGAUUGCUUUGGUAGGUUGGAGAUGAUUGUAGUAGAGAUGCCAUUGUUUGUGAGUAACCUACAGGACAUUGUUACACUUGUUGACAUAUUGAAAUGUGCAGAUAAUUCUUUCAA